CAAAAGUUGGCAUCAUGAUCAACUUCUUUGGCAUCAUGUUCAACUGUAACUCAUUACUCCAUAUUAUUUAUUAUUCUCAUGAUUAUGAUUAUGAUUCAGCUCCAGAAAAACUGUUUCUAGGUUACUCAAUCAAUCAGUUAUAAGUUAGUUAGUUUAUUGCUCUGAUCAAAUCUCUUGUUUUUUCUCUCUGUCUCUCUGUCUCUCUGUCUGCUUAUUCUUCUUCACACACACUCACUCACUCUCCCUCUCUCUCUUCUCCUCCUCUCACUACAACUAUACACUACACUACAUUACUACAACCAACUGCCCUCCACUUGAUAUCUCUCUCCUCCUCCAAUCUCCUCCAUCUCCACUCCCUCUGUCUGCUCUCUAUUCUUCCCACUUCCUCAUUCCUCGACAAAUCGAACUGGCUGGUGUAAUCAAUAAUGCCAGUCCUGCCUCUCCUUAUACCUCGUUCCCCUUGCCACUGCCACUGCCACUGCCACUACCACUACGACCGAGACUGUGCCUUUGCCUAUUAGCUGCUGCUACCCAUUCUGACCUACUCUACUCCCGUUCCAAUACUUGCUGCCACCUAACUAUAGGAGUACGAACUACAAUCGACAACUCCAUCGCAAAGAGGAUAACUACCGAAAUCUAGAUGCGUGCCGUUGUCAUUGUCUUUGGCUGCCCUCCAGUCCAGUCCAGUCCAGUCCAAGUCCAAGUCCAAGUCCUGUCCUGUCCUGUGCGAUAAUCGCCCGAGUCUUGCCUGCUGCACCUGUCGGGUGCGCACCCGACGAGUCUUCCCGUCCACUCAGCAAUCCUCAAUAUAACCUCCUCCAAUCGCUCGAUAUUGUUUAAAUAUUUUUUUAUAUAUUUAUUAUCGAAUCUAUUUAAAUUAUCUAGCCAAUCCAACUCCUCCUCUCUCCUUCCCCUCGUUCUCCCUCUCUCCGCCCCUCUUCGCGUCGCUUCUCCUUCUCGUCUCUUUGCGCGCGAUCAUCUGGGCCCUUCCUCCAACCCUCUCCGACACACAUAUAUACAUAUGCCACACCCACCGAUAUACCAUCUCCAUAUCUCCCCUAUCGUCGCCAUCAUCACCACCGUUAUUACCAUCAUCGCCUCCCCCCUUUUUUCGCCAUGAAUCGAUUACAAGAACAUCACGCUCGAAGCCCGUUCUCCAGCCCAACAGACGUCCCCGGAAAGUCCAGAACCAUCCCCGUCCUCUCCUCCUCCAUGUCUCCCUCCGAUCACCUCUCACAAGGCGACCCCAUGGACCUAUCUCCGCCUACAUCAGCUUCAAUGGCUCCUCCCACCAACAAUAACAGUAGUCCCGCCGACUCAGAACAUGGACAAGCAACUUCCGCCAACCACAAUAACAACCACAAUAACAACCACAAUAACAACCACAAUAAUCCCGACAACCCCAACAAUCCCAACAACCCUAAUAACCCCGAUAACAAUGCCGAUACCAAUAACAACAAUAAUAAUAACGGUCAUGCCAACAAUGGCAAUAGUAACCUCAAUAACAAUCGUACAAACGGCGCUGGCGCUGCGCUCGCGGGUGCGGGUGCGAUGAUGGGAGGCGAGUCCGCCGGCCAUGCGCAGAUCCAACCCACGGGCGCUGCCGCCGCCGCGCAACAACCCAAGGUCGUUCAAACCGCCUUUAUACAUAAGUUGUACAGCAUGCUACAAGAUCCCACGAUACAACAUUUGAUAUCGUGGUCCAGCUCAAACGAGAGCUUCGUUAUGUCUCCUUCCCAGGAUUUCUCAAAAGUUCUCGCUCAAUAUUUCAAGCACACCAAUGUCUCCUCCUUUGUCAGACAAUUGAAUAUGUAUGGGUUUCACAAAGUAAGCGAUGUCUUCCACACGGGCUCCCCGGAUUCUCAAAUGUGGGAGUUCAAACACGGCAAUGGCAAUUUCAAAAAGGGAGACGUAGCCGGCCUACGAGAGAUCAAGCGACGCGCAUCCAGACAGACCUUGAUUCACCGCGAUUCCUUUUCCGCACAUAAACCAAGUGCUUCCCAGCCUGGGACUCCCGCUGAACAACUUCCCGAUGGUUCCGAUUCCAGAGUGAUCGAUUCAAGACUGAUCACUACGGAACAUCAUAUCUGCGAUCUCCACUCUCGUCUCUCGCGCAUGGAGGAGAACUAUUCACAGUUAAACUCCAGGUGUCAAGCUUUGACCGAGAGUUUAGUGCGAUGUCAUCAAUGGUCCAAUUCGAUGUCGCAUUUCGUCAUGUCGAUUGUUCCCGAUCCCGAUAGCGCGAUUCAUAGAGAUGCUGCCAACAUGCAACGAGAGAUCUCACGACAAUUGGAUGCCAUCCGUGCCUAUGAAAAUCCUCAUGAGUCCCUUUUAUCCGGGCGACAACCAUACUUUAGCAGCAUGACCCUCCAUUCCGGGCCCCCACUUUCUCCGCGCCAGAUGCCUCAAGAUGAUAGCCGGCGUCCCUCCAUGGCUCAGGCGCCAGUCCCAACCCACCUUGCCGUAUCCCCUCGUCGAUACGGAUCAAUUGGCGCCGCAAAUUCAUCGCCAAAUUACAACCGCCCUCAAAUCCCGCCCCAACAACCCGCCCCUCACCCUCUCUCCUCCGUGACUGCACCAUGUCCCAACCUCGGCCGCCGUCACACCUCUGCAGACAUUCGCGAACAUGGCUGGGGAGCAACAAAUAACAACCCUACCUCCCCCUCCGGUCCUAACCACCCUUCCUCUCAUUGGCCACCUUCUCCGCAACGAAACAGCCACCACCCAAGCAACACGAAUAGCACGAACAAUGUUCCCAUGAACCACGCUCCGCCCCUCCCCAACCCCGACCACCAACACGUCCGCGACCUCCUCGCCAAGUACGAAAUGGGCGGACCCCGCCGCGGCACCACAACCAACCAAGACGCAUCCAGGCAUUCUUCCCCACCGCCACCCCCUAUCUCAAUCGACCCCGUCGCGGCCGCGCCACAACACUCACUCUCACAUCCACAUACAUAUACACAAACCCACCCACAUCCCCACCCACACGCCGCGCACCCUUCGUCCUCGUCCUCGUUGAACCCCGAAAGUGGGUGGUCGGUUGGCGGGCCGAAAUUCCCUCGUCCAGCGGCGGACUCGUUGCCUGCUACGCGCCGGCCAAGUAUGGCUAGUAAUGUACAUUCGCUGCUAAAUCCAGCGGCGGAGACCGCGGAGCGGGCAGCGGAGGAGGAUGGGGUAGGUGGAGGUGGAGAAGAUCGGAAGAGGAAGCGAUUACAAUGAGUUUAUUAUUUCCGACUUGAAUGGGAAAGGGGCAGAGGCAAAAAGAAAAAAAGAAAAUUUAUGUAAGAAACCGGGGCGAACGAACGAGCUCGGUAUUUUUUUUUUUUUUUUUUUCGCGUCCACGGUUCAAUUUUGUUGAUUGAUGUUAGUCGCAUCUACACGCCUGGUUUUGUUCUUUUCUGCUUGUUUUUGGUAUAACUAACUUUGGAAAGAAUGUGUAUUUUUGUGUACCAGUAUGGAUGUACCUACCUAGGGUAGUGACCCUCACUCCGUCUAUCGGCUAUCCACUCCCUAUCAAUCAAUCUAUUUACGCGUGGUGAUACCAUGUCGGGAUAAGUAACUGAUAUGUAAUGUACAUGCACAUGUACCUAGGUAUCUGGGGAGCACGAUGUAUGGAGAGACAUAUUUUUAACCCAUGUAUUUAUUUAUUUAAUUAUUUUUUAUAUUUUAUUUCAACUUUCAUUUAUUUACAGUCAAUUCAUCUGACUACUGCGCGUGACAUGGGCCAAUCCUCUCUCUAUAUACAUAUAUACAUGCCUAGCAGCAACUGAACGCGCAUGCCCCGCUGGCGAUAUCAGACGACCGACCGUCCGACCGUCCGCCCGUCCAUGAAAACGAUAUGGUUCGCCUUUUCGUGUCUCCCCCAUGUACACUGGUCCUCUUCCUCUUCCUCUCGUCUUCCGCUGGGUGCUUUGGGUCUACCACUGGCCCUGCUCCAGUUCUGGCCGAGGGAGGUGGAUGGGCGUCACCAAGUAGAUACUGUUUUGGUUGUUCUUUCCCCUUGGUUUCGGAUUUUUGAUUUUUGGAUCCCCGGUCCUUUUCCAAUAGGCCCUUCGACGACUGAUUGACAUAGGGGCGGCUGGGACCUUGGGUACUGCGUCCUUAAGGGGUACUGGGUACUGGGUAAAACCGGCUAUUCUUCGAUAUGCGUUGGGGAAAGAUCCGAUUCUUUCCAAAACAUUAAGCCGCGAAAUAAAGAAGCUGAAACGGGAUAUAUCCAUGCAUGUACAUGCACCUUUUUCCCUUUUUCGUCUCGUCUCGUUUCGCGGAGCUUAUAGCUGGAUGGAAGCUUGUAGCACUCCUGCUAGUUUCUUCCGCUGCGUGCUGCGCUGUGCACUUCCAUCGUCCGAUUGAUUGUCGUCGCCGUUGUCAUUAUGGUUGCCAGCUGCGGGCUUUGUAGCUGUAGUUGUAGUGACUUCAUCACCCCCCUCAACCCCUGUCCUCACCCUCUUCCUCUUAUUCCUACCCAGCGAAGACCGUCCUUCAUCCUCGUCAUCGUCAUCGCUUUCCGGUUGGGGUUUUGCACGUUGGUGUCGUUGAUGGUGUUUCAGCUUCGUAUCCGGCAGCGGUCGAGAACCGGUCACCGGCACGCUUGGGGUAAAUUUCUUGUAAUUCUUGCCCAGGAGCUGUUUGCGGAGUUUCUCGUUAGAGCUGAGCUCGGUGCGGUUGGAGCUACCGUCUUGCUGGCUUUUGGGGAGGGGGGCGCCAAGUCCUAGUCUGAUUGGAACGACGUUAGUUGGUCAGAAACAGAAAUUGAUUUUUAUCCAGUAUGGCGGAAACGUAUAUAAGAUAAAGACGCGACGCACUUAUCUGGAACGGGGGUGAAUAUCUCAUCCUCUUCCCGCUGGAGUUCCUCCUCGGUUUUUGUGUUGGCAAUCUCUUCGGCGGUUUUGGGGGGUAGCCAUGAUGCGACGAGACGCUGGCUACGUGCUAGGGCUACAUUUGCUCUAUUGAAGACUAUGUCUGCUUCAGACGCGGAAACGGACAUGACUAUGGAAAUAUUUUCGAAAUAUAAUGGCAACUAUAACGUUCAAAUGUUGUAUCUCUUGC